CCUUUGCAACAAGCAACCAAAAGAUUUUUUUUUUCUUCACCGCUCUCUCACCUCCCACAAACGAUCCAGUCAUCGCCUACCUCCAGCCUCCUGCGGUGCGGUCCUGCCGUCCUUCCCCCUUCGCCACGUCUCCAGGUAUAUAGGAGGACCUCUCCUCCACUACCCGUCCUCUAUCUCCCCUUCCGGCCUUCCCUACCGCCUGUCCUUUUUACAAUCAUCACGGCAGCCACUCAGCAUCGUCGAGCAGAAGCCAAGCUCUACUCAGGUGAGCAAGAACUAGAAAGAAGAAGAUUAACCAGCCGGCCGGCGAGCCACACAGACCAGGCCACCAGCCGGCAGGGAUCCCUAAACAUAAACCGCGCUAUUAUUAACCAGACGUCCAGCCGCAUCUCAAUCCGCGCGGCUUAACCGCCCUCGUGCGCACGAGAGAGGAAGACACGUUUCGGAAGGCGCCUGCCCAGGGGCCGCCGCCGCCGCCGCUGCCGCUGCCCGGCGCCAUGGACGUGCUGAGGUUCGUGCGCACCGCCGCGCCGCCGCCGCAGCCUCCGGUGGCGCCGGCCUCGGUGCCGCCACCAGCGGCGGCGAUGUCGGCGCAGCGCCAGCGGCAGUCUCUGCACCAGCCUCUGCGCGUUUGGCCGCGUGGCGUGGGAGAUAGACCGCCACCGGCCGGCGCCUCCGUUCGCGGCGCGGAGCCGAGGAGUCCUCCGCCCGAUGAGGAGGAGCGGAAGGCGGAGGAGGGGGACGAGCGGAGGCAGGGCGGCAACUGGGUGCUGCAGAUGCUGCGGGUGCAACCGAGGUGGGUGGAAGCCGCGGACGCGGAGGCCACCGGCGGCGGCGGCGGCCAGGAACCGGAGGAGACGGAGGCGGUGGCUGCGGCUGCGGCUGCCGCAGGUUGCGUCGAGGAGUGUGCCUCCUGCGGCGGCGGGGAAAACGACGGAGGCUGCGCCGUGGGGUACGACGACGGCGAGGUGUUCGACCGCGCGUCGUUCUCGCGGCUGCUGCGGAAGGCGUCGCUCCGGGAGGCUAAGGAGUACUCCAUGAUGUCCUACCUCUGCAACAUCGCCUACAUGAUCCCCAGAAUUCAGCCAAAAUGUCUUCGGAGAUACGAUUUGCGGUUUGUGACAUCGUCAAUGCAAGACAAGGCCGGAACUAGCCCUGAUCAGCAGCAGGAGCAUAGCACUGAGAAAGAUGAAUCUGGGGACCAAGCACCUGAAGCUGUCGACAGUGCGGUGCCAGCGAGCAAGGGGGAAAGAAGUGGCCUAGGGAUAAACCCCUUUGGUGCAUACCAUGUAGUGUCUUCCGCCGCCUCUUAUUUGCAUUCCCGGGCCAUGGGCAUCAUGCCAUUUGGUCCCGGUAAUGAUGCCAAGGAUGAUCCAACAAUCAUGGCAUUCGUGAGUGGCGAGAGCAGUGACGGAUUGAGCUUGGACGAAGCCUCAUUUGUGGCCACAACAAACUCGGUAACCUCCAUGGUUGCUGCCAAGGAAGAGGAACGCCAAGCCGUUGCAGAUGAUCUGAAUUCUUCAAGGUCUUGCCCUUGCGAGUGGUUUGUCUGUGAUGAUGAUCAAAACAGCACAAGAUACUUUGUGGUUCAGGGCUCAGAAUCAAUUGCUUCUUGGCAGGCCAACCUUUUAUUUGAACCUGUCAAAUUUGAGGAACUGGAUGUGCUCGUUCAUAGGGGCAUAUACGAAGCUGCCAAGGGGAUAUAUCACCAGAUGCUACCCUACGUGAAAGCCCACUUGAAGAGCUGUGGCAAAUCCGCACGGCUGCGGUUCACCGGGCACUCCCUCGGCGGGAGCCUGGCUCUGCUCGUGAACCUGAUGCUGCUGAUGCGAGGGGAGGCGCCCGCGUCGUCGCUGCUGCCCGUGAUAACGUUCGGCGCGCCGUGCAUCAUGUGCGGCGGCGACCACCUGCUCCGCCGGCUCGGGUUGCCGCGGAGCCACGUGCAGUCCAUCACGAUGCACCGGGACAUCGUGCCCCGGGUGUUCUCCUGCCACUACCCUGACCAUGUCGCCAACAUCCUGAAGCUUGCCAACGGGAAUUUCCGCAGCCACCCGUGCCUCACAAACCAGAAACUCCUGUACGCGCCGAUGGGGGAGGUGCUGAUCCUGCAGCCGGACGAGCGGCUGUCCCCGCACCACCACCUGCUCCCGCCGGACAGCGGCAUCUACCACCUGGCCGGCUUCGGCGGGGCGUCGGCGUCGGCGUGGGCGUCCGGGGACGGCUCCCUGUCGCAGCAGGUCCGGUCCGCGCUGUCGGCCUUCUUCAACUCGCCGCACCCGCUGGAGAUCCUCAAGGACGGCGCCGCGUACGGUCCCCGGGGCUCCGUGUACCGCGACCACGACGUGAACUCGUACCUCCGGUCCGUGCGCGGCGUGGUCCGCAAGGAGGCCCGGCGCGCGCGGGAGGAGGCCGAGCGGGAGCAGCGCGGGCGGUGGCGCCUGCUCCUGUGGUGGCCGUUCGGCGUCCACGGCGUGUCGUCGUCGUCGUCGUCGGGCUCGGGCUCCUCGGGGCGGCGCGGGGGCGGGGGCGGGGGCCUCGUGGACGCCGUUAGCGAGGCGGCCAGGCGCGCGCACCUGCUGGUGGUGGUGCUGCUGCCCGCGGAGCUGCUCGCUCUCGGCGCGCUCCUGGCCGUGAUUAGAUUCAGGUGAGUGAUAGAUAGGCUCACGUCGGUUCGGUUCGACACGUCCGUCCGUCCGUUGUGUUCGUUCGUACGCCGCCGACACACACGAUUCUUUUGUACCAAAAAUACACACACACACACACACGUCUGCAAAGCAAAGGCGCCAAGCGCAGCUGCGUCGCAUGUAAGAGUAAGAUGAACAAGGAAAAAUAGAAACGCGAAUUCUUUCGUUCCGACCUCA